UAAGAUGCCGGGUCUAUUCUGUAUCUCAUCUAUGGUUUUACAUUUGUAAAUGAAAAAUAUUUGUUACUGAUUGUUAUGGAUACAUGUAUUUUAUGUAAUUUAAGAUCAUAAAACAUGUAUUGACAUCGUUAUUGAGAAGAAGAAAAAAUAAUUGUUUAGAAAUGUCGUUAAGAAAGUUUAUGCACCCAAGGAAUAUAUAUAAGAAAAUACCAGACUUUAAAAAGCUUGUUUUACUAUAUCCAGAAUUCCGUGAUAUUGCAAUUGUUAAUUUAUCCGGCAAGAUAAAGAUUGACUUUAAAAGAGAAGGUACCCUGCGAGUACUCACAGAGGUAUUAUUAAAACAUGAUUUUAAUCUGCAAGUAAAAAUACCUCCAAAUAAAUUAGUACCAACUCUGCCAUUACGCUUAAAUUACAUUUUAUGGAUUGAAGAUUUAAUGAAACAUGCUUCUUUCAAUGAAAUGAAGGAAGUAAUUGGCAUAGAUAUUGGUACUGGGGCAGUGUGUAUUUAUCCUCUAUUGUUUGCAAAAAUGUAUGGAAAUCAAAUGAUCGCUACAGAAGUUGACGAAACAAGUAUACAGACAGCUAUUGAACAUGUUAAAAAUAAUAAUUUGGAAGACAUAAUAAAAGUAUAUAAAGUGGAUGAAAGAACAAUAUUGAAAGAAAUUAUAAAAGAAGAUAAUGUAUAUCACUUUACAAUGUGUAAUCCUCCCUUUUUUGAAAUAGAAGGAUCAUCAGAGAAAAUUAUAAAGCAAUUACCACCAAGAAAUGCUCCAACUGGAAACGAAGUUGAACUUACAGUUCAAGGUGGUGAAAGAGCAUUUAUAAUGCAAAUGAUUGAAGAAAGUAUGGAAAUUAAAGAAAAGGCAAAAAUUUACACCACUAUGUUUGGUAGAAGAAGUAAUUUACUAUUGUUAUUAAAAUUUCUAAAGAAAAAAGGCAUAGAAAACUCAACAUGGACAGAGUUUUGUCAAGGUCACACAAAAAGAUGGGGAUUAGCUUGGUCAUUUUUACCUAAAGAUGUUAUUAAUUUGACAAAUGCGCCUGUUAUUCGAAAAAGUGGAGAUUAUAUUGCAAAAUUACUGAAAGCACAACGUCCAAUGGAGAUACAAUUCCCAAUGCGACAUAAAUUUGCUUCUUUUGACAACCUCGUUAAUUUUUUGGAAGAAGCAAUGGAAGAGUUACAUAUACAAAUCAAGGAAUUAAAUUUGCCAAUUGGUAACUUUAAUGGUUGGUCGUGUCAACUAAUUGCGGACAAUGAUACAUGGUCGCAUGCACGUAGAAAACGUCGAUUAGCUCAAAGGUUAAUGAAUCAAUCUGUGAACCAUGACACAGGACAAACAUCUGUAAUAAAUGAUAUUACAAAAAACGAUGCAGAAAAAUUAAUAAAGAAUAACUCGGUAGAUAUCGUGAGAAAGAACGAACCUUUGUUAAUAUGUAACUUUUUUGCUGAAGUGAUAGAACAUGAAGAACCUGAAAAUGAUGAAGUAAAAAUAUCUAUGAUCUUUGAAAAGGGAAUUGGUGGCAAGGUUGCUUUAGAAACGUUUCGACAGUAUUUAAUAAACAAAUUACAUGUUAGAGAAUAUUUUCAGAAGCAGCAUGAAAAACCAAAUAAAAGGAAGAGAAAACGAUUAGAAACAAGUAAAAUCGAAAUAAAUUCGGAACAAGUCGGUAACUUGCACAAGAAUGAUACGGAAUCUGUUUAAGAUGUCAAUUUAUGUUCUAUACAAAAUGAUUUAUUUCAUACGCAAAUUUUAUGAAAUUAUAUAACAGAUUUAAAUCCUCAUGUAAGAUGAUAAAAAUAACGAUAAAACAACGAUGAUAAAAAGACGAAAGGAAGCUUUUCAUGUGAUGUAUACAGUAUAAAAACGAUUAACAAAACUAAACGAAUUUGUCUUGUUGAUUAUGAUACAGAUACCGUUCCUCGUUUAUUUUCAUGUGAUUUCAGUUUUACCUAUAGCAUUUAUAUUGAACUCAACAAGAUUCACCUCAAAUUAAUAGUAUCUAAAGAUAAAAUUAUAUGACUUCAUUAUGUAUUGAGUUCAAUGAUGACAACUAAAGUGGGAAAGUGACAGCAAUGCCUAAAUGGAACAAAAUAAUGAUUUCAAAUAUGUAGUAAUAAAAUAACCUAUCGAAAGUGUAGGAAAAAACAAUUGACUUAUAUUCUACGAUAAUAAAGUCCAUUAUUUGUUUUACAAAUAA